AUGAGGUUCCCAAUUGCUCGGUUUCAGUCGACAAUCGAAAGAAGCGCGGUAAUACAACAAAAAUUCAAAGAUUCGAUGGCUCGUAUGGGUAGUCAAGCUACGAUUUUAACGUCUGCAGGCAAAAAAUCACUUCCACACACUUUGUUUCGAGGCGUAACGCUGUCUUCAGUGAGCUCGCUAUCGCUGAAGCCCAUGCCAUUAUUGCAGUUUAAUCUGCAGCUGCCAUCUUUCACAUCGGAAUCUCUACAUUUGCAUGAAUAUUUCGCUAUACAUUUGUUGAAGCCAGAUGCUGAAUCAAUGGCUUUGGCCAGAACUUUCAGCAAAGGUGCUAUGAAGCACCACGUUAGUGGUGAAGUAGUACCCACUCAGCCUUUUAGAGAUCUCACAGAUGAAGUACACUAUGACACCUAUCCUUUGAAGCACAGUGGACUGGUAGUGCCGGUAUUGACGAACUCAGAGCGAGUAUUCGUUUGCCAGAAAAAGGACGUUUUCAGGGUCGGGGACCAUGAAAUUUGGGUGGGCAAGGUCGAGGACAUCAUCGAGAAUAGCGCGCUGGGCGCCACAGUUAGCGGUGGGCUACUCUACUGUAAUAGGAGAUUUCAUAAGCUCGGGGGGCACAUUGAAUGA